UGUGGUCAACUAACGCAUAUGUCAUCAUUUUUGUUGCUGUUGUUUGUUGAUUGAAUGAUUUUAAUUUUCUAACAAUAAAACCGGUGUAUUUAUUUUGCCAAGCGUGAUAAAAAAGUUAAAUAUUCUCUAAAUACAAAAACUUGAAAAGAUUCUUCAAAAAUAAAAAUGGGAGAAAGAUACAAUAUUCACAGCCAAUUAGAGCAUUUACAAAGUAAAUAUAUCGGUACUGGCCACGCAGAUACUACGAAAUACGAAUGGCUGACAAACCAACAUCGGGAUUCCUGCUGUAGUUAUAUGGGCCAUCCAGAUCUUUUGAGUUAUUUUGCAAUCGUUGAAAAUGAAUCUAAAGCGAGGGUCAAGUUUAAUUUGAUGGAGAAGAUGUUACAACCUUGUGGACCACCACCAGAGAAGCCAGAAGAUUAAUAUCUAUUUAUGUUAGAUUUGGUGAUGUCAAUGUACAUAUUUGUAUGAUUAACGUUGUCUAUUAAAGGCCAUUUAGUACAA